UGCUGUAGCCAUGUAUAUAAUUCUCAUCUUUUUAUCACAGGACGCCCACCAGUUAUUAUUAAACAGCCCUCUGAUGUUGUAGCUGCGAAAAACUCACCAGCUGACCUGGAAUGUGGUGUCUUAGAACCUUCCAAAGCCACGAUCCAUUGGCUUCAUAAUAGCGUAAAAGUUGAAGAUGACGCAAAGAGAGUAACCAUGGAUGAUGGAAGCUUACACUUUGUUCGAGUGACAAGAAAUCGUAAACGGACUCAUGCAGGCAUUUACCAGUGUGUGGCAUCCAAUUCUUAUGGCACUACCAGAAGCAGAAAUGCAUCUUUGAUAGUCGGAAGUGAGUUUACAUUUUACAUUUUCCAGUUAGAGAGUAAAGAGUACAAUGUAGAAAUAAUAAUGGUUGUCUUCAUUUGGGUUCAAAAAGCUCAGAAACUUCUUGUUGUGGUCGGUUGAACAUGGGGAUUGAAACAAGAAAAGUGUUCAUUGUUUCAGAUUUUUGACUGGCUGCAAAGUUUGGCCAGCCACAUUGUUCACAUGGAACUGUUCAAUAUUUUCACUUUGUUUUUGGGAACUUUGAAUGGCCAGACAUAUAAAUUUUGGUGCAAUUAAGGUGGUUUCAUUUGAAAGUAGCACCCAAAUGCACAAAUUUUCAACUGGUCGAAAACUCAUCUGGUGCCUUGUGAAUGUAGCCUGAUUUUAACAGCAUGUAUUCUAUCAACCAGCUUUCAAGUCCUCCUUCCGAUCUGAACCUAAAAACCAAAGCGUCUUUACUGGCGACACGGUGGUCCUAAGCUGUUCUCUUCCAAAAGGGCGCCCCCCGCCUACAGUAUCCUGGUUACAUGAUUGGCAGGUGAUUUCAAAUAGCAGUAGAACAGUCAUUUCACCAAAAGGAAACCUGACAAUCUCUUCAGUUACUAAAGCUGACCAAGGAUCUUACGUGUGCAGAGCAGUUCAUCAACUUGGGACACGAAACAGCCAGCAAGCCAUUCUUACUGUUAAAGGUACUCUUCCUUGAAUGAUAUAACACUGUCUUAGAUAUGCAAAAAAAAGAUCUUCUUCACCAUCCUGUUUAGGUGGGAUCAUGUUUUGAAUACUUGAAUUCCCAAAGACCAAAGCAUAGACUGAAAAGUUGAAAAGAAAGGUUUAAAUUUUGUUAGCUGAUUCGUAGUUGUGGAAAGCACAUUUAUGUCACUCUAAAGUCUCUGAAGACGGAAUCUGUCAGGAAAUUGAGUAAUUUUAAUUUUCAGCGGACAAAAACCUUGUACCAGAAUAAUUUCAAGCAUAUCGCAUGCUUUUUUACUUUUUUCCAGGGCUAAAGAUUUAAUUAGUCAUCUGUAAUAACACCAAAGAAAAUUUCUUAUGAAAGCCCAAGAAACUAAAUGUCAAUUUUCACAAAAUGACAUCUUAUACAUGAAACAUUCAUAAUUUUACCUGUGUUUUCACAAUUCUUGUGAUUAUUUUUCUCGGACUCCCAUAAGAAAUUUUCUUUGGUGUUACUACGGAUGACUUACUACAUCUUAAGCCCUUGAAAAAAAUUAAUGUAAAAAAAGGAUGCAAUAUUCCUUAAAUUAUUCUGGUACAAGGCUUUUGUCCACUAAAAAUUAAAAUUACUCAAUUUCCUGGUGGAUUCUGUCUUAAUCUCUCUCCUAUUUUUUUUUUUUACUUUCAGAGUUUGUAAAUCCCCUAACUGUCAUACCAUCUCAGCAAGUUGCCUACAAGGGGAGUACCACAACAUUUCAGUGUAACUAUGAAGGUGGCUCUCAAGAAGAAGUGACAUGGGAAAAAAAGGAUGGAUUGCUACCCAGCGGGCGGCAUGUUAUUGAUAAGGGCCAGCUAAACAUAACAGAUGUUGGUUUUAAAGAUGAGGGAACUUAUGUUUGUAAAGCAACUAUUGGACCAAGGGUACUGACUGCUGAAGCAACCCUUGACGUUCAGUGUAAGUAUCAUUUGAGGCAGCAUGGCCAAGUGUUCAGAGUGCUGACCUUAGGAUCCUGAGGCGCCAAUUUGAAACCCACUCUGACCACUUGCUAGCCUGAGAAAACAGCCGACAUUUGGCAAUGCUACCACUGGUUUCCCCGCCAAAUGAUGUGUGAGAAACGAGGGCAGAAAUUCCAUACUGAUGACGUGUCACUACCCAGAUCUGGGUAGUGACGCGUCAUCAGUAUGGAAUUUCUGUGCACGUUUCUCACAUGUUGUUUGGCGGGGAAACUGUUAGUGGCAUUACCAAAUGUCAGCAGUUUUCUCAGGGUAACCACUUGCUGGAUUGUUCCUGGUAGUCCCAAGUUGAACUCCUCAACCACACUUUGAAACAGUAAUAAUGAUUGUAUUUAAGAUCAGGCCCUGGAUAAGGAAUUAGAAUUUCUCUGCAUUCUCUAUAAAUCAUUAUCCCUGAAAUAUGCAGCUCCAGCUAUUAUUCCCACCUACCAUGGUGACCUCAGUGAAGUAUGACAUGUGUAGACAAUUUGCAUAUUAUUUUUCUAUCCCCCAUAGGCACUAGGGAAAAGGUGAGCAGCAAGUGAAAUGUCUGUAUCUCUUAUCUACCCUUAAACUCAUCGCUAAUGAUGAGCUUGGGAGCAGGUGCCUUAAAGGUUGGUAGGGGGGCCAAAUGCAAUAAGCAGAGAGGAGGUAUCCAUGGCAACCCUGGAAGCAGGAACCACCCCAAGAGCAGCCACUAACCGGCACCGUCACACUGAAUAAAUUCAGUGGAGAUACUUACCUAAGAGAAUACUUACCUGAGAAAAUACUUACCAAACCACCAGGCAGGGAGGGAGGAAAGGGAGCAAGAAUUCGCAAGAAGGCAAACAUUGAUCCGCUACGAUCAGCAAGAAUCCGCAAUGACUCACAAGAAGGCUACAAAUUAAUGAUCUGCUACGAUCAGCAAGCAAAGCUACAAUGCAAAGCAACACUAACAAAAGGGCACACAAGGAGCCCUGCAAUUCCCCGUGGGCCGCCCCGUAGGUCACAUACUGAAGUGGGAGAAGACCGCUGGCCAACUCGCUCAAGUUUAAAUUUGCCUAAAUGAUAUUUAGCCAUAUUUAAACUCAUCGCUAAUGAUGAGCUUGGGAGCAGGUGCCUUAAAGGUUAGUAGGGGGGCCAAAUGCAAUAAGCAGAGAGGAGGUAUCCAUGGCAACCCUGGAAGCGGAAACCACCCCAAGAAACCCGUUUCCAGGUGCUUGGAGAAUGGAGGGACCCGUCAACAGGGUGACUUGGUACCUCCGAUCACCCAAACAAAUCCCCAAGCACCAAACAACUCCCACAGCUGCGCAAAUUACGAAGGCACUAACCUACAAUUUUGUAGCUGAUCCGCAAGCUGAAAUAGGCGAAAGGUCCUGAACCAGGACAGAUGACUGCCAAGCAAGCUACCCUGGGAAGCAGUGAGGAUUGUGCAGUGACGGGAUUCUGCAUGGAACUGUGGAACAAGCUGAAGCUAGUUUUUGUGAAAAUGCAGCUAGCGAGUCAGCCAGUGUCCUAAUACAAAGCUGAUAAACGUUGUUGGGCCAAUGGCCCAUUGAUUCAGAAUCCCACAGCGAGCAGUGACAGUGGCAGCUCCAAUAAGAAAGCUAUGGGAGGAGGAAUUGCCCAGUAUCUGAGCUGAAGUUAUGAUCUGCCUAGGCCAAUCUGUAAGAAUAGUGCAGGUGAGAGGCUGCCAUUCGGAAACAAAAACAAGGGGCCAGAAGAAUCCCCCCUAGAAGCAAGGAAUGUCGUCAUAGCGUGCACUGCACAGAAAGGAUGCCUGCCAAGACCAAUGUGAAUAAAAAGAGCCUUUCCCGGGACGGGUACUCUACAAGCAGAUGCGAGCAACCCUGAUCCAUGUGGAGAGCUCUAAAGCCUGAUAAAUUAACCUUAAUCAACAACUGCUGGAGAGUCCUGGCCAGAAACAUAACAAUUAGACAAAGCGUACAUUCGUCCAUUAAGCAUGGAGACCUUGAUGGGUGCAAGUUGCCAAGCUGUCAGCAGAAGGAAAUGAAUUUUCGCUUGGGCUGACGCAUAGGAAUGCCGAAUCGAGGGAGCCAGGCCACGAGUACGAAAGAGUAGCACUGCUGUUCUAAAUCAGGGAAGUCGACUCGGUAAGCAGGACGAGAGGACUCCGCAUCGAAGUUGGACAAGGCUGAAUAUUUGGAGCCAGUUGCCUGGAUUCCUGCCAAGAAUCCCCAAUGAUUCACAAGAAGGCAAACAUUGAUCCGCUACGAUCAGCAAGAAUCCGCAAUGAUUCGCAAGAAGGCUACAAAUGAUCCACUACGAUCAGCAAGCAAAGCUACAAUGCAAAGCAACACUAGCAAAAGGGCACACAAGGAGCCCUGCAAUUCCCUGCGGGCCGCCCCGUAGGUCACAUACUGAAGUGGGAGAAGACCGCUGGCCAACUCGCUCGAGUUUAACUUUGCCUAAAUGAUAUUUAGCCACAUAAACAUUGGAUUGUGUAGUUCCAGAAAAUAUCCAGACCCCCACCACGGAGGGAAUUGGAAAUUCCAGGGGGGUGGGGGGGUCAGAGGCCCAGGAAAUUCCAGAAGGGAGGGGGGUUGGACCAUAAAAUCACUUUCCAGGGGGUCAAUAUCAUUUCGUUUUCGACCUGAGUUCGAACAUUGCUUCUUACCGACCUGGUAGAUCAUUUUUAGGUCAUAAAUAACUUGAAAUAUAUCACUUAAGAUUGUUCCUUUUGAUCUUAACCAGGUUUCCUUUCUUCCAAAAGCGUUUUGGAUGUAAUUUCAAAGGAAUUAGACCGACUACAACUCGUUUUAUCGCAUGCUCGUGUAUUCGGCCGCCAUUACUCGUUACCAGUCUCCCUCAAAACAUCAACGCGUGCAACACAUCACGUUGCGUCAGUCGAUCGAUCAGUAGAAUGGCAAUUUUGCCUCACGAAGGACAAGCUAUACAUUGUAACCAUUUUAAAAUGUAGAGUUUUUAUUCUCCUUUUCAUUUUCCCUUAAUUUUGUAGUUGAAGGUGCGGCAUGUUCAUGAUCGAAUCCUCGCUGAAAUGGUGUCGAUUUCACCAAACAUUUAUACGGCCAUCGCCAUCAUGUCGCAUCAUUCAAUCGAAAAACAGUAAAUUGAACUUGGUUUCCCUUCAAGAUGCAGGGGGUAUUCAUUGUUAUUAUUUCAGAGUUCAGAGUUUUUAUUCUUCUCUUUGUUUUGCCUUAAUUUUGUGGUCGUAAGUUUGACUUGUUCUGCAUUCCCGCACGAAAUGGCGUUAAAUUUAAAGGUUCAUUCACGAAUCUACCAACAUUUACGCCCAUGAAGACGAAUAAUGAAUUGUAAGCUUGCCCUGAUUAAGGUAAAUUCACAAAUAUAACGGACUUAUUAACUUUCUCUGUUUCAUUUAAAAUAAGAGAUGAGCAAAAAUUGCGGAUCAGGUUACUUUGUGGUGGUGUAGUGUGUUUUAAUGUUGCGAGAUCACUCAAAUAAAUGGAAACAGACGCAUACAAGCUUCUGAUUGAAACCGUUGCGUACUAACCAUAAAUGCCCUCAUUCUUCUACUUUAAUAGUCUUUCUUCGUGAAAAUGAACUUUUCCAGAGGGGUUGGGGGGUCUUUGUCACACUUGUGGAAAUUCCGAGGGGGUGGGGGGUCAUCAGUUCCCUGCCAAAAUGGAAAAUCCAGGGAGGUGGGGGGGUCCUAAGUGAAAUUCCCUCCGUGGUGGGGGUCUGGAUAUUUUCUGGAACUACACAUUAAAGAUUUAUUAUUCUGCUUCAUGAAAUCACUUCAAACUUUCUUUUUCCGGUCCCUCCAUUGUUUGCCUAGUCCUCCUUUGGCAGAGAAAAGCUGUCUAAUGGGUUUGUUACAGUGCAAUUCAGGAUUUUAGUAUAUUACUACAGCGCUCGACAUUACGACCUGUGGGGUCGCCAAUGCGACCAGGUUUCACUCAGUGACGACCAAAUUUUCACGCCUGGUCGCCAACCUCGCCCCCAGGAUAGGUGACUUUCUCCUUUGGGAAAACUUACACUAAUGAUAAUCCAUUGUCCUUCACAAAACUAAUGGAUGGGUAAUGGUUUUUCUAACGCUCUAACGUUUUGCCCAAACACUAUAAUGGUUUGUCAAAACCCUCUAACGAUUUGUCUAAACGCUUUAACAAUUUCAACACUCUAACGGAUUAUGCUUAUGAUUUCCUUAACCUUAAGCUUGAAUACCUGUUUGAGGAGAUUUACGCUUGAGUGCGGGCUCAUUUCCCCAAACACUGGCUGGUAAUCGAGCCUUGAGCGAAAACCGUUCGAAAGAAAGUUCAAUAGGAAGUCUUAAGUACUCUUUUUCUGUUAAGGCUAAGUGAAAGAUGUUAAGUUUAUUGUAUUCCAUGACUUCUGAAAUAUAAUUUUUGCGACCAGAAUACUUGUUCUGGCAACCAAGAAUGAAAACUUGGGGUCAGCUGGCCCCAAAUUUUUUUUCUGAAAGUCAAGCACUGUACUAUGUAGUACAUCUACCUUGGUGUGUUUUGUGUGACCUCCUCAUUUCUUGUAUGGUAAAAGGGACAGGUAAGGGGUGGAAUACGAAGAUUCUGAUAAGUGAAUUCAUUUACCGUCACUUCUUUCUUUCAGCCAAAGCUAAGAUAACAGAAGGUCCAAAAGAUGUGAUUGUCUUUGAAGGCAACUCUACCAAGUUUAGUUGUGUCGCUCAAGGUGACCCCCAGCCAACAGUCUUCUGGCAAAUGAAAAGACCAGAUUCAAGGCCAAUGUUUCCAAAUGAAAACUAUCAAGGUCGCUUCUUUGUAUCAAAAUCUGGUGAACUUGAAAUUAUUGACAUAAGGAAAGAUGAUGAGGGCAUCUACGUUUGUUUCGCUGUAAGUCUGAAUGGUAUCACCGAAGCGAAAGCACAACUUACUGUCAUUGGUAGGUUUGACAUGUUAUUGCUUUGUGCCUCUUUGUUAAAACUAGUUGCGACCAUUCAAGGCUGUGCUCUAAGAAAAAUUGAAUGGGAGCCCAGUGCUCUGAACCUGUGACACAAUCCAGGUCAGCAUAUGAUUUCUGUGGGAAAAAAAAACAGUGUGGUAUGUUCAUUUGUAGCAUACACAUAUAGCCAUUGCACUUGCCAGUGGAGAUUUUUUGAAUUACAUUUAAGCUCAAAAACCCUAAAAAAUUUCAGAGGUCAAAUGUGACAGUUAUAGACGUACACGCAAACGAAUCCACUGAAAAUUUCUUAGGUGCCCAAGAGUACAAUAUGUUAGGUGCUGGGGCCACCGGGUACUGCUAGAGCACAACCUUGUAGUUUGUUGCACCUGCCGUUGUGCAGGUCAACUCUUAGUAUUGAGAACAGUAAGUAAUUGACGUGGAUGAAAAGGAAAGCACUACAUUGAGUAUUAUUUGUUUUAACCUUGCAUGCUAAACAGGGUCCAUGGCUCUCUCCUGGUUAAUCAGCCAAUUUAGAGCAGUUUUUUGUGUGUUUGUUUGUUUUCUACCUUUUACCUAGUGGCUUGCUUACUUCAAACAUGAUAGUACUAGCAGGUUAUUCAUAAAAUUAUGUGCAAGUAUCUAUGUUUACAGUAUGUUAUCUUAAAGCCAUCAUUUUGAAUCCGUGUGUGCUCCAUAUUAUGUCUCUACAACCACGUGCACAUCAUCGAUACAUGUUACAAAAGCAGAAGAUGAAAGUCAAACUUUCAUUGUCACUGUUUCAUCCAAAACCUAUCUUGCACCAGGAACAAGAGCAUGCAUAUUGCUUACCGUUUAAACAUCGUUUUUGGGUAGUUCUGCCUCCUUUUGGCCAAAUAGUUAGAGAAAAAAGCUUGAGGAGGGUUUAAGUCUCAGCAUUUUUUGGGGGGGGAGAGGGGGAGGAAUUUCUAGUGGCAGGUGGGUCAAGCCAUGUGUUAUUUCUCCUUAGGAUCAACAGAUGUUCCCCCAUCAGUUGUUUCUGGUCCAUCGAACCAGUCAGUCUUUGAGGGAACCAAUGUGCAAUUCUCUUGCCAAGUGGACGGCAUCCCAAAACCAUCUGUUGCUUGGUUCAGACACAAUGAUGUUGCCCCUCUCCAGAAUAGUUCAGCUACUGUGAUGACACAGUCAGGACAAACAUUUCAUCUGAGUAUCUUAAACAUCAGCCUUAUUGACCAAGGAAGAUUCAAAUGUGUUGCUAGCAGCAGGUUUGGAACACACUCAAAAGAAGCAGAACUUCUUGUUAAGAGUAAGCUUUUAAAUUGUGACCCUGAAAUGUUUGUAGAAAAGAAAUACUUACGUACAUUAGAAGCUAUAGCCAGUGACAAUGGCAUGAUUCAGCUCUCCUGUUAUCAAAUUUGCAAGAAUUAAACAAUAUUAUUGCUUUGACUACUUUGAAGGGUAGAGGGGGGCAAAUCUUCCUCCAAGGCAUAUAGAAACCUGCGGUGCCCAGCUAGAAGGUUUGCCCUAAACUGUGUAAGCAGCAAUGCGUUCAUUAGCAUGAGAUGCAUGGAUGCCCAUGAUCAAAAGAUGCAACAAGUGGAGAGCUGUACCGUAUCAGACUGCUAAGGGAAAAACUCGCCAAAACAGUGAGGGUCAAAAUGUCCCAGUUGUGGCUGUUGAUUUCAAAGUAUUCAUGGUGAAGCAUUCUGCUUUAUAAGGAGCCAACCUCUCCACCUGAUGAACACUAGCAAUAAGCAUUUAAAACUUCGGGAUCUAACCAGCAAUAUACCAGGGCUCGAAAAAACUUGAAUCCCGGCUUGUUCUUGUGGCAAGUAUUUCGCCCAUUUUGCUUGCUCAGGGCCACUUCUUGCUGUUCUAGUAAACAGGGUUCGCACAGCCUUGAAAAGUCCUUGAAUUUUAGGGGAAGUCCUUGAAAAGUCCUUGAAUUCCAUUUUCCUUGAAAAGUCCUUAAAUUUCUGUGCAAGUCCUUGAAAAGAGCUUGAAUUUUCUUCAACUUUGAAUGUAGUAGCCUGGAAAGAAUUUUUUGAUGCUUUUUGGUUGUCCAAGACAGAAUAUAAAUCGUAGCUCAGUGAAUGUAAAGGUCAUUUACAUAAAGUGCUCCAUGUUUUAUGCAAUAAUUAACUAUCAGUUUAAGACAAGUGAACUGAAAAAUGUAGAGAAUUUGGUGAAGCAAACAGUUAAAGCCUUAAAGUCUUAUUAGAAUAUACUGGGAAUAUGCAUUUUUGUACAAUCUGUGAAAUUAUAUUCCUAGUAGGUUGUCCUUGAAAAUCUAAUGUGGUCCUUGAAAAGUCCUUGAAAAGUCCUUGAAAAAUGGUUGCAAUUUUUUGUAUGAACCCUGGUAAAUGAUUUUGUUAGAGGAUGACUUGCUUGGACCCUUCCUUGUCCAUUGGGCAUUAGUGAGCUUAAAAGUUACUUGCCCAGCAAGAAAAUCUAGUUGUCCCAGACUACUGGAUGGGAAUUUUUUCAAGUCUUGCAAACAGCAUAUUAUUCAUGUACUUCCCCACAACAAAUAAUUUUAACCCUUUUCUUACAGAUUCAACAAUAAAUUUACUCAUGAUUUUUUUUUACAGAGGUCAUUAUUACUACCACACCUCCUCCUACUACAACACCCACUACUGAACCGACACUUGCUCCUCUGGAUCUGGUGGCAACUGCUGCUACACACAACACAGUGUCCCUUGUGUGGAGUUCUGUCCCACUCACUGAUGCAUCAACUGUCAUGUACAUUGUGGAAUAUCAAAAGAGGGGCAGCAAUGAGCAGUGGAUGGUGGCUGUGGAUUCACUCAAGGCUAAUAAGUACACAGUACGCCGCUUGGAACCGGGCACAAGUUAUGUUUUCAAUGUUAAAGCAGUUGAUCAAAAUGGAGUUAUUUUGACCCAAAGCUCCCAAAAAGUGGUCAAGAAGACACACAAGAAGACUGUGGUUGCAAUUGGUAAGUUAUAAUAGCUCUUGCUUUUACUUUUGAGUCUGAGAAGAAUAGGCUGGUUAACCUUGGCAGGAUUAGCUCUGUUAGUAGAGUGCUUGUCAGCGGAGCAGGAGGUCAUGAUUCAGUUACCAGGGUUGGGCCAAUACUCAGGGGCUUCAAAUAACUGAGAAGUGAGGAUACUCCCUUUGCAGUACAAGCAACUAGAUCUUCACAUGACUCGGAUGACCGUGUAAAAUGGCGGUCCCAUCUCCAGUUGGAGAAAUAAAAAUAGUGUCCCCAAUUAGUACUCCUGUAAUAAAUACAUUGACACUGAAAUAAAGUGCUCUUUUAAAAGUAAAAAACUGUCUCGAACUUCAUAUGGCAAUUCAAAAUACUCUUAAAAUCAUCUUUGACAUCCAGCUUGUACUUCUGUGUUUACUAAAGAAACCUUGGUUGUGUUGUUUUAGUAAAUAUUUGGAGCAUUCAUAACUGAGAAAAUAUCUGUUUUGUUUUUAGAUCCCACACCAUCAUUUUAUCCUGAUGAUAAUGUGAAGAUUGAUGUUUAUCCAGUUCCCACUGGAUCAGACCGGAUUAAUAUUUCGUGGACUGUAAGUACUAAAAUUGAGCAAAAAUACACUUGUGGUGUGAAUUUUCUUCAAUUCCACACAUUUCUUUUCUUAAUAGAUUGUUAAACUUUGUAACAGUGAAAAGUAAAACAAUUUUGUAUUCAGAUUUCUCUGAUGGGUCAAAGUAAGGUUGUUAUCCUUCUUUAUGUCACUUCAGUGCCCAAAAUAAAACUCUCGAUUGAUCCUCAACAUAAUUUGAUUUUCUAGAAUACUUCUAACACAAGUAUUCUGUAGAUUGUAAGUCUGGUGUGCUGGUCACUCAGUGAUGCUGCGCCCCAGUUUAAGGCUACUUUCGCACGGUACUGGCCGAACAAAAAUUUGAACAUUAAAAUCGAGGUCAAAUUUUUGACCAGUAUGGUGGAAAAUUUGAAUGGCAAGAGGUUAACAUGGUGACCAUCAAAAUUUUUGUACGGCAGAUGCGUGGUUGCAUGGACACUUGGUUACUCAGUUGGAUUCAGGGAAAAGAGAGGAAAAUUGCAAACAUAUAUUGCCAACAUAGGUUUACAAGUAAUGCUAUUACUCAUUUUGCUUGGAAAUAUUGCGGUUCGACAGUUCCAUGUGAACAGUGCUAAAAUUUGGAACAGUUUCAUGUGACAAAGUGUCUGGUCCAAUUUUUCCACUGGUCGAAAAUUUGACUGGUACUGUGUAAACGUAGCCUUAGAAGAAAGAGAAAAGAAUUUUAACAUUGAAUGUUUUUCUGUGGCAGCUCUCCAGACCAGUCAUCAAAGCAAGUGUGGUUGUUUUCUGGAAAAAGAGAGACUCUCAUAAACUGAACUACAAUGAAGCCUUUUUAUCUUCAACCUCUUGGUAUCUGCUAAGAGAACUUGAAGCCAAUACUACUUAUAAAAUCCAAGUCCAAGUGACAAGUGACAUUGAUUCUAUACCCAUCAGUGAUCCAGCGUUUGCUACAACGCAUGCAGAACGUGAGUAACAGAUAGAGUUCAACCUCAGGUUGCUUUAACCCUUUAAGUCCCAAUAGUGACCAGCAUCAAUUUUCUCCUUACAAUAUCCAAAGAUUGUGCAGUGCAACAUCUAUGAGAAUUAAUCAAAUGAUCACAAAGAGAAAAAUCUCUGAUCUUUUAUCAAUUUCUCCCAACUAAUUCUGUAAGGAAAUGUAUACAGAUCAGUUUGGAGAAUUUGUUUGUGGAUAUUGCAAAUUCUUCAGUCUGAUCACAUGCAUUUCCUUAAAGAAUUAUUUGAGAUAAUUUGAUAAAAUAUCAAAGCAUUUUUCCUUGAAUGGUCAUUUUAUUAAUUCUCAUAUUCUUCCUUCUUGAUUGUAUGUUGGUAUUAUUAGGGGUAAGUUGAUGCCGGUCACAGGGUUUAAGUCACUGAACUUUGACCCAUAUGGUUUAGCCAAAUUUCAUUCAAAAUUUUCUUGCCGUUGAAUUCAAUAAUUUAUUAUUGUUACCUGUAGAAAAUUUUUGAGCUUGAUUAGAGAUCUUUUAAAGAAACAAAAGCUGAUUUAUUUUGGCCAUUUGAAAAGAAGCAAGGGCUUGGGAAAGAUCUUCUUGGCGGGAAAGGUGGAUGGGAAAAGAGAAAGAGGAUGACCGAGAAGGCAGUGAGAAAGGGACGCAUGUCUCUGUGGCUUGCCAAAAACCCAAAUGAAUUGGCAGGGUUUUUUUUAUUAUUUUAGUUCUUCUUUGUUCAAGUGAUUGGCAACCCUGAUUGUGCUAUCUGGUUGAAAGUGAUUUUAGGCAGGGGUAGGGGGUGAAGGGCUCAGUAAGGAGAAGUGAAGCUCGAUAAAAAUUGAAAGCUUUCAUUAAGUUUAUAAGAGAUUUUUAAAUAUUAACCUUUCUGAAUAAAUCUGUUGCCACACAGCUGGUAUUAUUCUGGGUGGGGGUGGAACAGGCCUCAGUCCAACAAAAGAUACGGUCCCUUCCAGUGGAGAGGUCAGUGUAGUGGAGGCUCAAGUAGAGACAGGAAGCACAUGGUACAAGAUGAAACGGUUCAUGCGCCAGCCAUGGUUCAUCGCUACCAUGGGUGCAGUAGCUUGGAUCAUACUGCUGAUCAUUGUGGUGCUGUUGUACAGACAAAGACGCAGCAAAAAGAAAGCAAAGUCUCCCGCAAAAGGUAAUCAAACCUAUAUUAUACCAGUAAUUCAUAUUUUGUAACAGCAUUUAUUUAUUUUACAAUAGUUGUAUUUACUUAUUAUAUAUAGCUUGUUCAAUAAAGGUUGCUAUGGGCAUUGGCCAUUGGGCAAUAGGAAGCUAUUGUUUGGUGGUCAUUAGGCAAGUCUUUGCAUUGUUUGGUAGUCCCAAAUACCCAAUUGCCAAUUAUUUUUUGUGUAGUUGGUAAUUUUUUAUUUUUAGUAGUAAGAUUUUUACAAAGUUUAUCAAAAUGUUUGUCGAAAGGCCACGAAAAAAGCAGACGUUUCGAGGCUGCUCCCUCUUCCUACUUUUAUUAUUAAUAUUUUUUACUUUCACGUCUUCCCCACUAUCUGAGAGCCUGGAACAGGCUACAGUGGUUUGAAAGUGAUGUUAUGCUAAAAAUCAUCAUUGUGAAUCGUCUCGUACAACAUCACCUUAAAGCAACUGAAAAAGAGAACGCGCGAUGUAACGUUUAAAUAAAAUCAAAACAAAGACGAACGUUACAUGCGCACACUGACUUUGAGAAGUUGAAAUAAAGUUGAAGUAUGCAUUCAGUCGGGCUGGUUGAAGUGUCCGGUGUCUGAAUAUCAUUCUGGCCUCAAAACUGCGCCUUUGUGUUGGACUUCUGAAGCCAGAACAGAUCACCGAAGUAGUAAGUUAGUGUGAUAGUUCAAGCGAAGAGCCAUCCGGUUCAUUGUCAUUAUCAUCUCCAUCCUCAUCUUCAACAUCGUUGUCGUCAUCAUCAUGGUCAUUAUCAUCAUCAUCAUCAGUAGUAUUAUUUAAAGAAGUUUUAGCCUUUUUUAGUCAAAACUUCUUCCCUCUGGGAAUGAAAGAUGAAAGUGUCAUAAGGUGGUUCUAACUUUUGAGACUGUGGGCGAAAACCUAUGGUGAUACCAUUCAAGUGAAACCUCUUCAGCAGUACUUUCACACGAUACUAUUUAUUUACAGUGGACCUUCGAUUUAACGAAGUGCCAAGGGACUGAGGAAGUUUGUUCGUUAUAUCGAGGGUUUGUUACAUCGAAAGCCUGUCUGAAAUUUGUAAUUUUUGUUGAAUUUGACUCUGGCGUCUUUGGAGAAUUAAAGGGCUAACCAUAGUGGAGGCAACUGAAUGUGAGAAAGUGGGAAGAGUCAAAGAUAAAAACAACGUUGUUAUGUUGGGAGCUCCCUGACCGUGCAUAAUUUGUUGUUGUUGUUGUUGUUCUUUCCUUGUGAUGGAAUGAAUUAAAGAGACGUUCCUGUUGGUCAGCAAAACACACAGAUUCCCGCCAGUUCUAAAGAAUUUUUGCCUUUUCUUUCCAGUCUUUGUACCAGCAGAAAACGUACCUCGAAGUCCUACGUAAGUACUGUUUUAGUUUUGUGUUAUUCAUAGCUGCCACUGUCUUUCCUGAUUCAAAGUUUUUCUUUAUCAGUCUAUAAAGAAGCUACCAAGAGUUCAGUAUCAAUUUAGUUAAUUUUAGCGCUAAACAGUUUGCCAUAAAACUGUCUGAAUUGUGUAGUAAUAAACUGUUCUCGAAACUGUGGAAGAACACUGGUGCUAAAAUUAACCGAAAAGGCAAAACUGCCAUACUAAUUCAAAGUAGACAGACUGCAAAUUAUAGUAGUUGCUGAAAAAUAUAUCUACGUGUCCCAACUGUUCAUCAGUAGGAUACUUAAACAGACUGCGUUUAGAUUAUCUACAAAACCACCAGCCUGGCUUGUUUCAACGUUAUUGCAAUUUUUGUGAAAGUGUUAUGUGACCGUGAUUUGACAUGAAAGACGUUGUCAAUUGUUUAUCUUUUUCUGUAUCCUGGCUACAAGAGUUUUUUUGUCGCGUGCGGGUUGAUGCUUAAGUGUCAGCCGCAGACCGACAGAUCUUCGGCCUAAGGCCGAAGUCACGAGCGGCUUAACCGAAACCGGAAACUGCGCAUGAAAAGUCUCUGUCACCCAGGGUACUUUUUGUGAAAAUAAGCAAAACUAUCAAAUUGAAAUACCGUAUUUUCCCUAAACCCCCAGGUUGCUAUUACGCAUUCGCGACCCGCGUGUACCCAGCAUACGUUUGCACCCGCGUUUUGGACCGUCCUCUUUCUAUUAUCCAUGUUCUAUCCAAGAAAUUAUGCACCGAGAAACUGCACAAAGCACAGCGUCGGAGCAAGGACGUGAUCUUGCUCUCUAUUCCUAACCUUUGGCUAUUACCAGUUAUCAAUUCUUAUUGUGUGUGGAUAUUUACAGAACACGCACGUCCAAAUUUCUUUGGAUGGAGGAGCGUAAUUCAGACAUUCCUCAGCAGUUGAGUAACAACCAUUCCAGUAACAGCUCAGUUUCUGACUGCACGAGACCUGUGGCAAACUGCUGUGGCGGCGGCGGCGGGGGUGGCAGGAGUGUCUCCUGUUCAAACGGAAGUCUUGACUUCUCUAAUAAAGUUACUAUGAAUCAUUUAUCAGGUACGUAAUGUUAAUAUAUAGAUUUAGCCAAGGCCAAGAGCGGAGCUCCCGUGGGAACUUUAAAGAAUUUCUUUCCUUUGCCUGCGAUCACUUGAAUACCAUAACUGGUCACCGGAGAACCUAAAAAAAAACAUGUCACUUCAAUGAGUUUUGCACCUGAGCCCACGAUAUAAUCAUAUACCCUAUUUUGACAGCUGUCAAUUGAUUAUUACAUGGAUGUCCAAUGUCAAGUUAACACAAUUUGUAUAUGCCUUGGACUUUCAAGUCAGUAAGACAUUUCACAUCCGCUAACAUGGACAGGGGGGAGGGAAGUACGGAUGGACGAUUUUGCCAGAACCCAAAUUUCUGGAUAACCAAAUUUUCUUACCCAUGGUGCUUCACUGCGCGCGUGCGAGAGCUCCGCUAAUAAUACUCAACACAAGAAAGAGUGUUUUGUCAGGAUAUCAAACACUGAGAAAUGGGUUGACCCUUUUACCGAUUCGUACUGGAAAAACACGAUGCAGCCGACAGCAAUUCCGGGGAUUUGCAUUUUUUUUCUCUCGGUCAGCAGAUUGAUAACACAUUGUAUCCAUAAAUCCAUUACGUCUUGUUGUUCAUAGGUCUCAAGGUUUAUAGGUCUCGUCUCGGUGGUGUUUCUUGUUGUUACGGAAACCAUUGUUGGUUGGCUUUUGUGUUGUGGUGUGGGCAUUGUUCCGUGUCUUUUCAACCUUUUGUAUUCUUCUCGUCGUUUCGUCGUUUUUGCUGUUCCAAGUUAGGUGUUUUUAGUGUGAGGACUUUCGCUUUGGUUUGAAAACCGCUCUAAUGCUGGGAUUCUCUUUGUCUUACCAGGAAGCAAUAACCGUAUAGAAGCAAACAAUUAUAUGGAGCAAAGCAAGGCUAACAACUUACCAAACUCACUGAAUCGCUACAACGAGCACGUGAACAGGAGCAACAAGUUUCCAGAUUCCCCGGCAAGCUGUAAGUAAAAUGAACGUAUCAAGUUAAGCUAGUAUCAAAACCGUUUGUAUAGGUAGGAGUACAGAGCGUAUCGUUGUGUUUUGUAAUGGAAAAGGAACAGUCCACUCAAGUUUCUCCAGUGCCAACCUCUCGUUACAAGGAAUCCGCUUCGACGAAACGCUAGAACUUGAAAUUUCAGCAUUGGAGGGUUCGAUAGUGUUGCGUGAUGACACAAAAAAACGGCUGUGUUGGGGUCCAAGCGCGCAUGAGAAUCGCUGCUCCGCGUGUCACCUUCCCCGGGGGUAGCGAUUUUCACGCGCGCUCGGGUAUUUCUGUCACUCUACUAUCCCUGAGGAAAUGAAGUAUUACUCGUAGUCUAUCGUAGGCUUGUUACGUUCACACGCAUUUGUUAACUCAUUUUGUUUCUUUUAUAGCGUGUGGGACACCAAAUGGAUCUAGAGGCGCGUCUGAUAGCACUCUUCCAAUGAGUAUUCCUAGAGAAAGACUUCGUUACUACGACUACACACUCGAUGGCGGCCCCAACAGAACCAAGUCCAGGAGAAGGGACCCUAAUCAGACACCGAGUGAUACCAGUGAUACGGAGAAAACUAAACCCAAGCUGAAAAUCCAGUCGUUCGAGAUGGCCGGAAACUUGCACAAUACGAGUACAUUCCACUCGGAGCCUCCACCAACAUACGAGGCUGUGCUGAAAGAGACCGAGAUGGAGAUGAAGAAAUACCCGGUUGGUGGUGCCAAGAGCACGGACGACGAUAGGGAAAAUGGUGAAGGAGAGAAAGAGUUAGAGGAUGUUACCAAGGAGACGGGCAAAACCGAUUCACCUGAGACGGCUGCUUUGGAAAGGCCAUCCAGCCCAGGAAGUGAGCGAAGUUGUAAAACAUCAACAAGUUGUGGGUCACUUUCAAGGAAGAGAAAGGCUCUAAAACCACCUCCUCGGCUGGCUAUUUUCAACUGGGCAGAUCUUCUACCUCCCCCGCCGGUGGAGCCACCGCCCAGCAGCUUGGGUUCCCCUCCCCCCUCUCCGCCUUUCAGUGAACGAAGUGCCAUGACGGGAAUGACUGGAAGAACUGGAAUGAGUGGCAUGAGUGGAAUGACUGGUAUGAGUGGCAUGACAGGAAUGUCCGGAAUGACUGGAAUGAGCGGAAUGACAGGUCAAAGUGGAUUAACCGGCAAAAGUGGAUUGACAGAACCCAUGAGUACCAGCUCUCCAAGUCGGCGUCGUAAAAAGAGAGAUGGUGCGACCAACGACGGAGAACUGGAAUCUAUGGCGAGCAAGUCGGAAAAAUCAAAAAAAUCUCGGUCGAAGCCCAAGCCAAUUCCGAUAGAUCUGGAGGGCAUCACCAGCGACAUCAUUAUGCAAUGGGCUGAGUCUGUAACGAACACGAGUGGAUCCGAAGAUGAUUCGUCGGCAUCCAGCCCGAGCCGAAUUAGCGGAAUCAGCAGCGACGGUUCAUUCUUCACAGAUGCGGACUUUGCACACGCCGUGCGCGUUGCCGCCGAAUGCGGCGGAUUUAAUACGGAUGCGUACGGACUAAUGGACUCCCUUGGGAUACCUCCCCCAUAUGCCGCGGCCCCCGGCUGGAAGCGAAGUAAUUCUUUUUCCAACGAUAAUGAGGCUACCGUAGGAACGGCGGCCAUGUAUGGACCGCGUCCUCUCAGAAAGAGAUGGGAGACAGGGAGCGAAGGUGACCUUGAGUACACUCCGCCUAAUCGUGUACGUCCGAGGUUAAGACGCGAUAACGAAAAAGGACCCAAUGAUACAGGUCCAAAUCCCAUGCGGACUCCCAGAGGGGCCCCGGGAGAGCUUGUAAGACAUGCACCCGGUAUGCGCGCUCCCGUACCUAUUGUCCCUUCACAGCCAAGGAGACCGCUUCAUAGGGCGGCCCGACCAGGGGGACCCCCGGGGCAAAUAAACCCUGGGAUUCUUGUCCAGCCGUUGAAGAAGACAACGACGAUAAGCGGAGCGGAGCCACGUGAGCCUAUUAAGAAGAAGUACGCUAUAGUAAAGAAGAUCCCACAGAGCCAGGAAACUGAAAAAGUUGUGGGAUAUAACAGCGCGAGCAUGAGCUCGAGCAAAUCAAGCGCCAGCACCAGUACAGCAAGUACAGUAAAGAGCAGUUCUUAUGCUGCGUCAGCGCGAGGCGACUCCGAGGCAGAUGAGGUGAGC